CGAACACCACCCGGACGAUUCGACACACACAACCGUCGCAAUGGCCAAAUCCAAGAACUCGUCCCAGCACAACCAGUCGAAGAAGAACCACAGGAACGGUAUCAAGAAGCCCAAGACGCACCGUUACCCUUCCCUCAAGGGCACCGACCCCAAGUUCAGGAGGAACCAUAGGCAUGCUCUUCACGGCACCAUGAAGGCGCUGAAGGAGGUCAAGGAGGGCAAGCGUGACUCGGCAUAAACGAAUGAUAACGAGCAAGCGGCGAGGGCGGAUUUCAGUUCCUUCACGAGACAUCGGGUCGGCGUCAAUGGCUUCGGACUUUCUAUGAUGGCUUUGAGCUCAUAGGUGGAUGCUGGUUCCACACAGGCACAUGAGAUGCGACAAUGAAAAAGUCAAAACGUCGGCUUUGGGUCACCACUGCGUUCCGCCCGAGUGAUGCACGACAACCUCA